AUGGACUCUGUUAGGCUUCGGCGCUUCCUGAAGGCACGAAAAUUUGUUCUGAACGAUGCGUUCAAACAACUGUCCAGCGCAAUUGAAUGGCGUCGAACUUAUCGACCCAGGCAAGUGGAUUGCACAUACUGUUUGCAGACUCCAGGAUUUCAUGGAAUCCGACAAGUCGGUUUCGAUCCACAAGGACGUCCAGUGUUAUACGCCUGUUUCGCUCAAUGUCAAACGUUGAAAAACACGGCUGAGGAUGUGAUCGCCCACGUGGUCUAUCUGGUUGAAAACGCGAUGCGAUGUGACGAGCCCGGGAAGGACCAGUGGAUUAUCAUCAUUGACUGUACCGGUUUGACACUCCCGUGCUGUAAUCCAAAACUGGGAAAACAGUUUAAUCAGACAUUUGGCAAUUGUUACCCGGAGCAUUUGGCUCGAUUUUUCCUGGUCCAUCAUAAUCCAUUUUUCCAGGGUAUUUGGAAAGCAAUACGCGUGUUCGUCGAUCCGGUCACGGUGAAAAAAGUCAAACUGGUUCGUAAGGAAAAAAUUAGCAAAGUGUUUGAUGAGUAUUUCGAUGCGGAAAUGUCUGAGUGGUUGAAAACUGAGCUGGCGUUGAAUAAAACAAACAUCACUGAGGCACAACGUAAAUUCUGGGAAGGACCUAGUCAAUCAGGAGUGCAUGACCCACGUGGCACAGCCAGCUAUGUGGCCAAGUAUAUUACCCCGUUGCAGAAUCGACGCGCGGCGAAUCCGAGCCAGCUGAUUACACGAUCAUCGGUUGGCCCCCAGCAGCACUUGCCACAUCCAAAUCUGCUGCAGUAUGUUAACGGACAACUGAAAAACGUGCAGCUGAUUGACUUGAAGGCCCGUAAAGAUAAGCCGACAAAACAGGAAUUAGAAAUGUACGGGGUGAAUACAGAAGACGCAACGGAAAAUGCUCACGAACCGGAAUCAGACGAAAGUGAGGAAUAG